UAUAUAUAUUCGAUUAAUUGUAAUUAAUACAAUCUCGUUUAAAAGAGGUGAAGUUCAUCAGACUUUUAAAGAGAAUAAUAAUAGAAUAUAUGAUAAAUAUUUAAUUGUUUAUAGUGUUUUAGAAUAAAAAAAAAAUCGUAAUCUAUUUUUAGAUUUAAAAAAAAAACGUUGAUUUAUUGUCUACCCUUAAAAAAAUAGUGUGCACCCCCACCCCCUUCGCCCCACCCAGUAGCGUUGUUUGGAACCGCGCGCUAUAUAAAAGGCGUCGUCAUUGCUAGAUGGCCGUUGAUCUACAAUGAAGUCGAGCAUCGCGACAAGAAACUGUGGUGCGUGGACUUGCGUCUUCGUAACCUUAGUGGUAGUACAAAUUUUCGGUUUUUCAUAUUCGAUGCCCUUCGGUACCGGUCAACAAACAAUUCGACUCUGUUCUAGGAGUCUCAGUGAUGCCCUAUACCUCAUUUGUCAGGGCAGAGGAUAUAACAGUCCAUUUUCUUAUAGUAGCGAAGACGAUACAAGAACAACAAAUACAAAUGGUCCUGGCCUCGUUGAUGAGUGUUGUCUGCAAUCAUGCAACAUCAAACAACUUGAAUUGUACUGUAAACCGCCGAACGAUGAUAGUACAUCCCAGGAUGGCAUGGACGAAUCAGUGAGAAUAGUGAAUCUUCCGGACUCACUUGAGACAAAAAAGAUAUAAGAAGAGGAACGUUAAAACAUUCUCGAUAAAUAAAAUGCAGUCUCAAGUCUUACCGCAGGAAAAAUACAUUUCAAUUUUUAUUUUUGAUCCACAAGAAGAUUCCAUUGAAUAAUUAUUUUUCCCUCGACUAUCUCAAACAGGGGAAAAAUGUUUUGCCAAAGUUUUGUGAUAAACGAUUCAUAUUAAGGAUAUAUAUGUCAUUAUUGAAAAACAAAAAAUUCAUCCUCAAAACAAGAGGAUAAGAAGUUGUAUAUCCUUCAAGAAGUUUUCAAAUAGUGCUGUGAAAUCAAUUCCAUGUCAUUUUUAAUGAAUUUACAGAAAAACAUAUUAUUAUAAUCUUUGGCGCUGAAAAUAAGUGAGUUUUAUCACUUUAAAUAUAAAUGAGAACUUUGCGCCGAAGAACAAUCCAUCCGAAACAAAUUUCAAACCAUUAUCAUCUAUACUUUAAGCAAGAGUAGUGUGAAUGAGUGAUUGUGCAAAAAGAGUUUAAACAUUACAAAAACAAAAACUAAACCGAAAGUCGAUUAUAGAAGCAAAUGGUUGUUGUUGUUGUUGUUUUUAUUGCUUAAGGACUAUAAAAGAAAUAAGAUCUAGAAGAAGAACCAUUUUUCCAAAACACAAAUGAUUGGACACAAAAAUUACUAAAAUAGAAAUUUUUAAAUGUAAAUUUUAAAAUAGAAAAUUAAUUUUUGAAUAAGUAUUUAGUGAAUUUCUCCAUCUGGAAAAUAGUUAAAUAAGUUUUAUUAUUCACAAACAUAGUUUUAUAGCCAGUUUCUUAUCCUACAGUUUUCUUUUAGAUAUCUAAGAAUCGGAUAUAAAAGAUUUCUUUUGUAUAUACUUAAGAUGACUUUGCUAAGCUUCCUGAAUAUGUUACCACUACAAACUCAAUACUAAGUUUACAAUAGUUUUUAAAUACGGAAACAUGGUUUUUCUAAGUUUAGGAAGACAAUCACAGUUGGAGAUAAUAUAACUUUUCUAGUACAUGAAAUAACCGUUUAUUACUUUUCCGCAAUAAUUAAUAAAAUAUGUACAAACUUCAUUUUAACUCAAGCUAGAGACUGAUGUACAUCUUUUCUCCAUUGUCAAUUUUUUUUUCUCCUUUUUAUCAAGAAAACAAUUCUAUUUUUGAUUUUAAAAAAAUUGUACCCUGUAUUAAAAUGAAGUUUAACGGAUAUUUCACAUUUGUUACACGUUUUAAUGUAUUUUCUCAUGAUUAUUAAUUAUUUCAUGAUUAACGAAAUGCUGUAACAGUUGAAAUUUUCAACUGAAAGUAUACUGGUUAUUUCUGUGAUAUCUUUUCGAAUGAAAAGAGACUUUUAUAUAUUAAAAUAAGUAUUUCGAACGCUCAAAAAAAAAAAAAGUGUUUUUUUUUUUUGUUUGUAAUAUGCGUUCAUCUGUGACUUUCUCAACAAAUCGCUUUAGUGACCAAUGAUCUCAUUAGUUUUUAACAUAAAAAAAUAAAUAAAUGUACAUUAUCUUUUUUUUUUAGUUAUUAAAUUUCUACGCGAAGAAAAGAAAAUUGUAAAAAUUCGACAAAUCUCGAUAGCCUAUGCUUCUUGUUGUCGAGAUACUAUAAAGAAGGAAGCAAUAAAAUAUAAUGAAUCUUGUAAA